AUGCAUCCGUCGACCUCACAACUUGCACCAACGUCAACGAGUGCUUCCAAGCGAGGUUUCGAGUUCGAUAGCAACAACCUGUGUGUCAACGUCAAUGAGUGUGAAAGUGUCUGCAUCGAUACCAUUGGCUCCUUCCUCUGCAUCUGCUCCGACGGCUUCGUUAAGAAUGGUCAAGGACUAUGUGAGGACAUCAAUGAGUGCAAUAGCUACCUGAACGACUGUGAUAUCAAUGCCCGGUGCAACAACACGCUCGGUAGCUUCACCUGCACCUGCAACGAGUUUUGGCAGGGCACCGGAACAUACUGCGAAUCGAAGUUCUGCGACCCCUGCGGCGAGACCCAGGACUGCUACUACACCAGUGGAUCCUGCCCUCCCAACUCAUAUGCCAUCAGGACCUUCACCGACACAGAGACAUCGCAAUGCCGUUGCUACGAGGGCUACUACUGGGCAAACAGUCCCAUCACACCCAAGAACUGCACUCUUUGCCCCAGGGGCUCCUAUUGCUCUGGAGAGGAGAUCUUUGCAUGUCCCGACAACUCGAUGAACUACUACGGGCAGAACGUAGUAGAGUCUUGCGUCUGCAACCAGGGAUUCUACAGAUCGGGCAGCACAUGCAUUCCCUGCCCCUACGGAUACUUCUGCCCUGGGGACAAUCUGUUCUAUGCUUGCCCAAACAACUCCACAUCCUUGUUCCAAGCAUCCUCGAUCUCCGAAUGCCUCUGCUUCGGCGGAUACUACUACCAGUGUCAAGGAGCAACAGCCGCGCAGGCACACAAGGCGAGACUAUUUUGGAACCUCCUCUACUUCCCCGAGAUGCGAUGA